GUCACUAACGAAUCAAAUGAAGCUGAAAUUGACCGCCUGAAGAAGAAGCUUCAACAGACAAGCGAGCUCGCCAAAGAACAUGCCGAUGCGCUUGACAAACUUCGUCCGGAGCGUGAUCGCCUGCAAAAUUUGUAUCGUGAAAAAGUGAAGCAAGUGGAAAAUCUGACGCAGACAGUUCAAAACUUGGAAUCACGACUGAACCAGUUGCGGCGCGAACUCCGUGAGGCCACCGACAAGCUAAUUGUUAGUGACGGAGAACGUGGCGCACUUCGCAAUGAAAUAGACAAACUGGAGCACGAG